ACAUCCCCCUACAGGUGGGGGGACUGCUGUUCCACUCGGCCCCUCUCUGGCUGCUAGCUCACCCUCAGGGAGGGGGUGCAGGUGAAAUCUCUGAUGGAUCCUCCCCCCUGGCUCCUGUUCCUGCAUUUUAACCCAGAGCCAGGGCUGCUGUGUUCCUGUCUGUGUCUGUGUCUCUGUGUGUGUGUGUGUGUGAGUGUGAGCAGGGGAGCUCUCUCUCUCUGUCUGUCUGUGUGUGUGUCUCUCUCUGUGUGUGUGAGAGAGUGUGAGCAGGGGAGCUCUCUCUCCCUCUCUGUGAGUGUGUGAGAGAGAGAGAGACAGGAGCAGACACACUCACACUCACUGGGAAUACUGGAGGAGCGAUGAUUUUGAUCCUGCACCACAUACUCAUCGCCCUGUUUCGAUCUUUCAGGCGAGGACAGCAGCUUCAUACAAAAGCAGACAUCGACCCGUCCAGUUCCGUGGCUGUCCAGAAUGCCCUGUUGGAUCUUGCUUCAGUUAUUGACACCCUGUCGUUACGGGCUGUUAUCAGCGAUGUCCUCUCGACCGUCAUCCCCAACGUGGAGAACAUCUUCAUCUACCUGCUGGACGUGAGCUCAAACAAGAUGUUGUGUGACAACCCCCCACACGAGAUGUCCAAGGAAGGGAGACUAAGAGAAGCAGUGAUCACAAAGUUGAGAAUUGAGUGUAACGGGCUGCACAAGACUGAUAUCCAGGUCACCAAGAUGAACCACAUGGUGGCUCCGUUGCCAAGCGACAAACAAGUGAUCAUUAUCCCUGUGGUAGACGAGGAUGUGGGGAGAGUGAUCUCUGUGAUUGUGAUUUAUUGUGGUAUCCUGGAGAAUGUUGAUGAACUGUCGCUGAACCUCCUAGAAAAACACAUCUGUGCGACUUGUAAGCGAGUGCAGGCGCUCCUGAACCCGCUCAGCUGGAGCCACAUCGGAUUACACCAGAGCUACACGGCAGCGGCGGAACUACCCGGAGCCUUCGAUGAGCUCGACCACAAGAUUCUGCAACUGUGCGGUGAGCUGUACGAUCAAGAUGCUGCUUCUCUUCAGCUGAAGGUUAUUCACUACUUACAGGAGGAGACGCAGUCGGCAUGUUGCUGCAUGUUGGUGUCAUCAGAAGACAAUGGUCAACUCUUCUGUCGGGUUGUUGGAGACAAAGUCCUUGAGGAAGAGAUUAUUUUUCCGCUGUCGUUUUCUGAUUUUGACCAGUCGGAGAAAGAUAGUAAAUCGAUGACAUUGAAUGACAUCACAGCGGAGCAGCACCGUCAGCUCAACGACAUCCUAGGGUUUGAGGUUUACUCCAUGUUGUGUGUCCCUGUCAUCUCUAAAGCAACUGCGCAGGUAGUCGCCAUGGGCUGUGCAUUUAACAAGCGAUCAGGCCAUUAUUACACGGAACUGGAUGAACACAAGAUUCGGCAUUGCUUUCGGUACACUGCAACGGUCCUGACCAGCACCAUGUCUGUGCAGAAAGAGCGCAAACUGAAGAUCGAAUGUCAGGCCUUACUUCAAGUUGCCAGGAACCUCUUCACACAUUUGGAUAACGUUUCAGUCCUGCUGCAGGAGAUCAUACAGGAAGCACGGACCCUUACCAACGCAGAGAGCUGUUCUGUGUUUCUCCUGGAACAGAACAAUAAGGAGUUGGUUGCGAAGGUAUUCGAUGGCGGCUUUGUAGCUGACGAGUCCGCCGAAUUCCGGAUGCCAGCUGACCAGGGCAUUGCCGGGCACGUCGCCACAACAGGCAAAAUCCUCAACAUCAAGGACGCCUACUCUCACCCUCUCUUUUACCGGGGCGUGGACGACAGUACGGGCUUCCGCACGCGGAACAUCCUGUGCUUCCCCAUCAUCGAUGACAACCACCAGAUUGUCGGAGUUGCAGAGCUAUGUAACAAAAUAAACGGACCCUGGUUUACCAAGUUUGAUGAAGAUUUAGCUCUGGCCUUCUCUAUCUACUGUGGAAUCAGCAUUGCCCAUUCGUUAUUGUACAAAAAGGUUCAUGAAGCCCAGUACAGGAGUCACCUGGCGAAUGAAAUGAUGAUGUACCACCUCAAGGUUACAAACGAUGAGGUUGUGAAAAUGCUGAGGUACGGGAUACAACCAGCGGACGAGAUCCAUCCAGACUUUUCCAAAUUCUCCUUCACUCCCCGCUCGAUUCCUGAGGAAAACACAACCAUGGCGAUACUGAGUAUGGCGGAAGAUAUGAAAUUCACAACCACCUACAAGAUCGACGUGAGGACUUUAACAAGGUUCUGUAUGAUGGUUCGGCGUGGGUACAGGGACCUGCCUUACCACAACUGGAUGCACGCCUUCUCAGUCACUCACUUCUGUUACCUCCUCUUCAAAAACCUACCGCUGCCUGACUACCUCCAGGACAUGGAGAUUUUGGCUUUGUUUGUGUCAUGUAUGUGCCAUGACCUCGACCAUCGAGGGACCACAAACUCGUUUCAGGUGGCGUCGAAGUCUGUGUUGGCUGCACUGUAUAGUUCGGAAGGAUCAGUCAUGGAGAGACAUCACUUUGCACAAGCCAUUGCCAUCUUGAAUUCCGAGGGGUGUAACAUCUAUGAAUACUUCUCUCGAAAGGAUUACCAGAGAAUGCUGGACAUGAUGCGUGACAUUAUUCUAGCAACUGACGUGGCCCAUCACCUACGUAUUUUCCCACAGCUGCAAGAAAUGGUUAAAGCGUACAACAAUUCCAACCCCAAGCACCACUCGCUGUUGUUGUGCCUGCUGAUGACAGCCUGUGACCUCAAUGACCAAACCAAAGGCUGGAAGACAACAACAAAGAUAGCGGAACUGAUAUAUAAAGAAUUCUUUUCACAAGGAGAUCUGGAAAAGGCAAUGGGGAACCAUCCCCUUGAGAUGAUGGACAGAGAAAAGGCCUAUAUUCCAGAACUUCAGAUCAGCUUCAUGGAGCAUAUUGCCAUGCCAACGUACAAGCUCCUGAAAGUCCUCAUGCCGAAGGCAGCAAUUCUGUACCAGAUCGUGAAGGCAAACCGAGACCAUUGGGUGAAAGUUGCUCCAAAAUUCACCAUGACUGGGCUACCGAGUGACAACUCCCUGGACUUUUUAGAUGAGGAUGUGGCAGAUGGAGUAUUCUCAUCAUCCCCUUCGACAGUGACUGAUAGCAGCAGCCCUAACACCCCGGAACCCACAUCUGAACCCACAUCUGAACAAUGAUUAUUUUUAUUGCGGUUUAAAAGAAUAGAAACAAAAUACAACAAAAAAAAAUCAAGGAAGCGACUGACAACAGCAGAAAUUGGCAUCUUUUAAAUUUAUUUAUUUUUUAUAGGUCUGAAUAUUAACUGAGUGGUUACUUUUCAGCACUUCUUUCUCACUCAUGUUUUUUUUUCUCCUGAUGUUUGCACUUGACAGAAUCAAACAGUUGCAUUGAUAUAGCAUCCUUAAGAUCGUGUAUGUACCGCCUUGCGAGAUUGUUCACUGACGUGUUAUCAGACAGGUGUUGGCAUUGGUGUGCACCUCAUGACAAAAGGUAAAUGGAGAGGUUGGAGGAAGGAAUUCCAAAACUUGGAAUGGGUGAGAGGCCCGCAAUGGAGCGAUGGGAAUGGGGCACAUGGAAGCGGGCAGAG